AUGGCCUCACACUCACAUUCUCACGAGGGACAGUCCCAUUCGCAUGCUGCUGCUGAUCAUGGACACUCGCACGAGAUUUUGGACGGACCAGGCUCAUUUCUGGGUCGUGAAAUGCCGAUCAUCGAAGGUCGUGACUGGAAAGCGAGGGCCUUCACCAUAGGCAUCGGUGGACCAGUCGGUUCUGGCAAGACCGCCCUAAUGCUUGCUCUUUGCCUCGCCCUUCGCGAUAAGCAUAAUAUUGCUGCCGUGACGAACGACAUUUUCACACGCGAAGACUGCGAGUUCCUCACGAAGCACAAAGCUCUUCCGGCGGAACGUAUACGAGCGAUAGAAACAGGAGGGUGUCCGCAUGCUGCUGUACGAGAGGACAUCUCAGCAAAUCUUGCUGCCUUGACGGAUUUGCAUCGGGAGUUCAACACCCAGCUGCUUUUGAUCGAGAGUGGAGGAGACAAUCUGGCAGCAAACUACUCGCGGGAGCUUGCGGACUUUAUCAUCUAUGUGAUUGAUGUCAGUGGAGGUGACAAGAUUCCCAGGAAAGGCGGCCCCGGCAUUACGCAGAGCGAUCUGUUGGUGAUCAACAAGACAGACCUUGCGGAGCUGAUUGGAGCGGACCUUGGAGUGAUGGAGCGAGAUUCGAGGAAGAUCAGGGAGGGCGGGCCAACGAUAUUUGCUCAGGUGAAGAACGGCAAGGGUGUGGACCACAUCGUCGACCUAAUCCUGUCGGCCUGGCGAAGUUGCGGUGCUGCCAACGGGUCGGCAUGA